AUGAAGGCGUUCGAGAGAUUACGGGGCCUCCUGGGCCCUCCUGGCCAGGGAUAUAUACCACUCGAGCCUGGGAGGACGUCGGUUGUCCGUGGCGCCUGCAAUCCAAACCUUACCAAGGCGGUGAUUAGACUUUACUGGCUGUGUUUAUUCUUUGGUCUAGGAACUUCAGUCUGGGGCUACAAUAUUGGCAUCCUCUCCUCCGUCCUCGUACACCCCGGGUGGACCGCCGUGCAAGGCAAGCUUACUCCCCAGCGCAAAGGCAUAAUCACGGGCAUCUACUAUCUAGGGACAUGGGUUAGCUAUGUCUUCAUCUCGCGUCCACUGAGCGACUCUUUCGGUCGACGGAAAGCGGCCAUGUGUGGCACCGCUAUUCUAUGCGUGGGCGCAUUGCUUCAGGCGGGCAGUACACAUCCUGCGCCUUUCCUCAUGAUGCUUGCUGGGCGGGCCAUCUGCGGAACGGGCGUUGCCAUCGUCUCGACGUCGGUUCCGCUUUACCAAAGUGAGAUUUCACCUGCAAGAGAGCGAGGAAAGUUUGUCACGAUGAACCAUGUUGGCUUCAUCGUGGGCCUGGCGACCGGCCUUUGGGUCGGAUAUGGCAUGACGUUCUGGACAGGUGAGACUGGUGAUUAUUAUGGGUGGAGGGUGUCGCUACUCCUUCAAAUGAUACCGGCUCUUACUUUCGGGUUCGGGCUGCCUUUUGUACCAGAAUCUCCCCGAUGGCUUGUCGAAAAAGGUCGAGUUGGCGAGGCUGCCACUGUUCUCCACUGGCUCCGUGAAGGAAGCUUCACGCACGACGAAGUGGACAACGAGGUCAACGACAUGGUGGAUGCUGUCGACGAACACAGGCACUCGGGGCUAAACUGGAAGUCCCUCUUCAUCGAACCACCACUAUUCGCACGCCUCUGGAGAGCAGCGCUACUGCAUUUCCUGGCGCAGAUGUGCGGUGCGGCCGCGAUGAAGUACUACUUACCCACGUUACUGAAGGCCUUGGGCCUCAGUACGAGGAUUGCGCUCAUGGCGGGCGCUAUAGAGAUGACGCUCAAAAUUGGAUGCUCUGUUAUUGAAAUGCUGAUUAUAGAUCGAUUGGGGAGGAGGCUGUCACUGGCGAUCGGAUGUGUGGCCAUGGCGUUCGGCAUGUUUAUCAACGGAACGCUUCCUCUAAUAUACCCCGGAAAUACUAGCAAGGCCGCGGACAUGGUCUGCGUUUUGUUCAUCUUCAUUUACGCCUUCGGGUACAGCCUUGGUUUCGGACCGGCGGCUUGGCUCUACGGCUCGGAGCUUAUCUAUAUUUUCUAUCCCGAAACGAAAGGUCGCUCACUCGAGAAUAUGGAUGAGCUCUUCGGGAAGCUCGAGGUGCGACGGCUGGAGGACAUUGGCAGUAAUAUUGGGAGCGACUCGGGGUUGUCUGGUGAGCCCGUCAGCAGGCGAGGACUUGGAGGGGCACGUCAGGGAGGGAGUGUUUGA